AUGUCCUGUAACGCAGAUAGUAUCCCAUGGGAUCUACUCACUUCACACCUUCGCUGGGCGCCAGGAAAGGCCACACAGCAAAUUCGCGACCUGGGACCCCCCGAACUCCCUGGCAAACUCAAGGAAUCUGAAGGUUGCGGGUGUGGUGUCACUAACUUACACCCAAUCCUUGAUUGGCGAGAAACCCCUGAACAGAAUGAAUUCACCAACGCCUUUGCAGAAGCAGUGACGGAGGCCUCGAAAAAGAAACGUACCCAGUAUCCAAACAAGUACAGUAUUCCAAGUCCAGAUGAUAUUAUCAUUAGUGAGAAACUUGUUAAAGAGAUUGAAUCACAUAUGGCUGGAUUGUAUGACGGGUUCCGCGCCGAUCAAGAUGACCCAUUGGGACAAUGGCCACCUAUCCCGUUCCAGCAAAGGACUGUAUUUGCGUUUUUGCACCCUCGGGAUGGCGGUGAUACCUGUUUCAAUUUCUAUGAGCACAAUCAAAUUGGAUUUCCUAAUUUGGAGAUUGUCAAGAUGCUACUGAUGCUUGGUGAAUUGGAUCCUAUUCUUCGAGCGUGCGCUCAUCCAGACCAGGGAUUAUCGGCUUACAUUGGGCUUAACGUUGCUCUUCGCUUUCCAGAAAUGUGGGACACAACAGCUGGUAAAACCGAUGAAACUGACUAUCGCCAUACUGGUUUCUAUCAAUGUACCCUUCAGAACUGCACUAGAUCUGUCUGUUUCUGUUCUUCUAUGGCUACAUCUUAUCCUCAUCAAAAGUUCUUUGGUAUUCCUGACAAACACUUCUCUGAAAGUGGCAAUGUUAGCAUAGAUGAGAACCACUGGCUAUGUCGCACGGAUAUGUUCAAUAAAUCCGGCAGUUCUAGAUUGCAUUCCCACGUCGGAAUACUUUUAUUCGACGAGUUCCUCAACUUGGAACAUGCACUUCCCGAAAAUACACCUUAUUCAUAUCAGCCUGAGACAUCUGAUGUUAUAUUUGUAAAGCAAGUGCUCAGGUCUUAUCUUCCCUUGGAACUUGUGCUUGACAUAAUGGAUUUAGCCGAUUAUAAAGUCAAGAUCCGGCAUGAUCCCCUACAUCCUGCCAACAGAACCGAGUUGAAAAAGUAUCUCGAUCUCUGCUGGCAACUCGUCAUUGGAUGUGACAUAUUGAACAAUGAACUAGGGAUGGAACCAAUUGACUGGCAAGGGCUUGUUCUCCAGGAAGUGGUACAUCUUUUUUACAAUUCGUUCCAUCCGAGGUGGAAAGAAGAGUACGCUUUUGGGACAAAAUGCACAAAUAGUCAGCUGUAG